AUGAACCGAAGUGUACGUCCCGAGAAUGUGGAAUUUACCGUCAAGGCAGCAGAAGAUCUGGUGUUAGCGGGCAAAGAGCGCUCGAUCGUGCGCGUAUCGGCCAAUAAUAUGUACUCGUGUCUUAUGCAAAAGACCCAGCGAUUUUCAUCGCUUUUUCGACAUUAUAGUAAACAUCAUGGAUUACCAAGAGAAUCGCUGGACUUUUUCUUUACGAACCGCUUGGAUCCGGAAGAUUCACCCGAGUCGGUACAUUUGCAAAAGAAUGAUAUUAUUCUAGUGCGACGUCGGGUGAUACCAACGAUACUGACAUUGCCAAGUCACAGUGAUGAAGCAUACUUUGCAACAAUGAGGGAGCUUUUUCUGAACGGAGAUGGAAGUGACAUUAUGCUUGAGGUUGGACCAAAUAGAGAAAUUCUGCGUGUGCACCGGUUGAUUUUGACCACAAGAUGUGAGAUUUUUGAGGCCAUGUUCCGUCGUGGAGCGAUGAAAGAGAGUGAGGACGGAGUCGUUCGUAUCGAAGACCAUUCGCCCGAGAUGGUGUCUAAGAUGCUCGAGUUCAUCUACACAAACCGCGUCCUGGAUAUGGCCAAGCUCAAUUCGAACCAACUCAUUGAUCUGCUAACUUUAUCAGAGCAGUAUCUACUACUGCCACUAAAGCACCUCUGCGAAGUCGCAGCAAAGGAUGUUUUGUCCGUCGGAAAUGUCGGGCGAUUUCUUUGCGCUGCGGAAAAGUUCAAUGCCGCAUAUUUGAAAGAGUACUGUCUCGCUUUCUUUAUGAACAACACAAACGAAAUUGUCGACGACGAGAACUUUCGCGAGGAGAUUGAAAGCUGCCCGUCAAUGGCCCUGACCAUUGUGCGGGCUUCAACUCGCAACGUCGGGUCUUCGUUGGAGCCGAUUCCGAAGCGAAGAAGGCUUAAUAUGCCGUUCGACGAACCCGACUACUUAUCUCCAGGUACCUGA